AUGGGAUUAAAGGUCAACAUUCCAAACUCAAUUGUUAACACACUGCCUAUAAUCUUCUCCCUCUUUGUUUUUCUUAUAAUCCAAAUCGCAGAAGCCAAGAUUCAUCGUCAUACUUUCACGAUAAAGUCAAAAGCAUACACACGACUUUGUAACACCAAAAAGAUAUUGACGGUGAAUGGAGAAUUCCCCGGACCGACGUUGAAAUCCUAUCGUGGAGAUACGCUCAUUGUCAAUGUCAUCAACAACGCAAAUUACAAUAUUACUCUUCACUGGCAUGGAGCGAGACAAAUCGGGAAUCCGUGGUCUGACGGACCUGAAUACGUGACUCAAUGUCCAAUCCGACCAGGAGAGAGCUAUGCAUAUACAAUUAAUCUUACGAUUGAAGAAGGCACGAUUUGGUGGCAUGCACAUACCCAAUGGGCACGUGCCACUGUCCAUGGAGCGUUUAUUGUCUACCCUAAAAACGGCUCGUCUUAUCCUUUUCCCAAGCCUCACCACGAAAUCCCUAUCAUUUUAGGUGAAUGGUGGAAAAAUAAAAACAUUAUGGACAUACCAGAAAACGCUAAGAAAACCGGAGGUGAACCAGCCAUCUCUGAUGCAUAUACAAUAAACGGACAACCCGGUUUUCUUUACCCCUGCUCUAAACCAGAUACAUUCACAAUAACGGUGGUGCCAGGUCUCCAGUACCUUCUCCGAAUUAUCAACGCGGUGAUGGACGAAGAACUCUUCUUUGCAAUUGCAAACCACACCUUAACCGUUGUGGCCAAAGACGGUCUCUAUUUAAAACAUUUCAAUACUAGUUACCUGAUGAUCACUCCAGGCCAAUCCAUUGACGUCCUCCUCCACGCGAAUCAGCGGUCGGGUCGUUAUUUCUUGGCGGCUCGAGCUUACUCCUCCGCCUUUGGUGCCGGAUUUGACAAAACCAUCACUACAGCCAUCUUACAAUACGAAGGUGUUUCCUUAACCGAUGAAUUAAACCAAAAUCCACCGGUUUUACCCGAUUUGCCUUCUUACAAUCAUACAGAAGCAGCCACUCGGUUCACUACCCAAUUUAAAAGCCUUCGAUCCGGUAACGUCCCGCUUAAAGUCGACACUCAUCUUCUUUAUGCGAUCUCCAUGAAUUUGCUCAAUUGCUCCGACGAUAAACCAUGUAACGGCCCUUUCGGGAAGAGAUUCUCGUCGAGCGUUAACAACAUCAGCUUCGUAAACCCGUCGAUCGACAUUCUCCAAGCCUAUUAUCGCCGAAUCAGAGGCGUUUUCCAGGAGGAUUUCCCGAGAAACCCGCCGACGAAAUUCAAUUACACCGGAGAGAAUCUUCCGUUUCCGACGAGGUUCGGAACGAAAGUGGUGGUUCUCGAUUUCAAUUCAAGCGUCGAGCUGGUUUUGCAGGGGACGAACGUGUUGGCUUCUGAUAAUCAUCCGAUCCAUUUCCAUGGUUAUAGCUUCUAUGUCGUGGGUUCGGGUUUUGGGAAUUUUGAUCGCGAGAAAGAUCCAUUAAGGUAUAACCUAGUAGAUCCACCGGAGGAGACCACCGUCGGAGUUCCCCGUAACGGCUGGACCGCCGUCAGAUUCAUAGCUAGUAAUCCAGGGGUUUGGCUAUUGCAUUGUCAUAUAGAGAGACAUGUAACAUGGGGAAUGAACGCAGUGUUCAUAGUGAAAGAUGGACCGACGAAUUUAUCUCGACUGGUCAAGCCUCCUCCUGAUCUACCUUCUUGUUAG